GGCGUGGGUAAGGAGGCCGGAGGGGCGCGUCCCGUCACGUGGCCCGCCUCACUUCCGGGAUGCAGCGGCGGUGGCGGCCUUUCACUUCCGGUCGUUGCAGCCUCCCGCUUCCUCCUGGCAGCAGCAGCAUCCUCCGCAGCCUGCGGCCCCCGGGUGGUGGUGGUGGGUGAUGGCAGGGAAGCCGAUAUCCUGUUUAUCCGUGGGUGGCGGGACGCCGCUGGCGCGGCCGAUCAGCAGCGCCCGUUCGUGACACGGGUCGGGCAUGCGGCCACCAUGGAAGCGGACCGAGCAACAGCGUCAGCAGCCAGGAAAAUGCGCGUCGCCGGACUGGUGCUAGCGCGAGGCGGCAGCGAGGCGGUGAAAAAGAAGAACGCCCGGCUGCUGUGCGGCCUGCCUUUGUUGUCCUGGGUGCUGCGACCGAUGAAGCACUGCAAGACGCUUGACGAAAUAUGGGUGUCGACAGACGAGCAGGAAAUCGAGGACAUCGCGACGACGGAGUCGUGCGGUGUCGUGCGGCGUUCCGACGAGUUUGCCCAAGCCGACUCCCCGUCGCUGCUUGCCGUGCAAGAGUUCAUGCGCGAAGUUCCAGGUAUUGAUGUGGUUGCCUUAGUCCAAUGUACCUCACCCUGUCUAAUGCCAUCGUACCUAGAUGAAGCGGUCAGCCUUGUGACUUCGGACAGAUACGACUCCGUUUUCUCAGUCACUCGAGACUAUAAGUGGCGUUGGACAGAACUUUCACAAGAUGGUACGACAAGACCCCUGAACUUUGAUCCAGCGCAGCGACUCUGUCGUCAGGAGUGGGUAGGCGAGAUCGUCGAAACUGGUCACUUCUACGUCACGCGAGCAGAGUAUAUCCAAGAUGGGCUUCUUCAAGGAGGAAGGUGCGGCUUUGUGGAGUUGCCGCAGUACCUGUGCCACGAGGUCGACACGGAGGAUGACUUGCUAAUCGCCGAACAGAAGCUGCAGAAGUAUGGCUUUAAGGGUGAAAUCGUCCUGGACGCCCCCUCGGAGUUCCAGUAGUGUCACUUCUUAGUCAUCGUCGUCGCAAGCUUUCCCACUCCAACCAAUUCCACUCCGAACGCUCCACUCCACUCCGAACAUGUGGCCACCAUGCGGAUUGUAGUGGAUUUGCCCCGCCAAGGGACAAAGCUUGACUUUCGUUCGGAGUACUUCACUGGCCUUGUGUGCCAGAGCAAUUUUGCCUCUGUUCUUGCAUUUUAAGUUCGCUACACUCCCUCCUCACUUCUGCCCUUUGAGGGUGCUCUCUGCUGAGGCGUGAAAAGUCAAUUCCACCAUUCGUAGAUUUUUUAAUCAAUGCGUGUUUUGCAAGAACAUUGGCGAAAGAAUUGUUGCAGACUUGCCCUGCAUGAUUCGGUGCAUCAGCUGCGUGAUGAUGGAUUUUGUGUCUCAUUUGCUCAAAGAACCAGCAUAUAUAUAUAUAUAUAUAUAUAUGAGUGCUGGUGGCACCAUCUCUUGAUGGCAACGCAAACCGUAUAACGUAGAGACACCUGGUGACGAUGUUCAACGUCACAACACGAGAGGUUAAGCCUUGCAGAUAAGGUGUCUUCAGUGAGAUGUGUUCCAGGUCAUCUUUAAUGGUGCGGCUGUAAACGUUCCAGACAAAAAGUGGCGGUUGUGAAACCUAAUGAGCAAUCUGAUGGGAGAAACUUUCAGUUUAAUAAGUGACGAAGAAGAAAAGACAAAUUAAUUGCACAUUACUUUUUCUUCCUAUUUAUGCCAUGUCUUUGUGCCAUUACGAUUAAUGUCUCAAGUGCUGUUUGGAGCUGUCAGCUCAUUGGUGUUGUUCACUUUAAUGGUUGCCAAGCGUGCCCACUCAAGAAUUGUACAGUACGGCCCGCUUUUAAAGGGAGCACUCAUAAUUUGGCUGCUGAUUACAGAUGAAUUUUAUCACGAAGGCAUGCAGACUAUAUUUUAAUGCAUGCAUGUCAGCCGAAUGCAUCUGAUCAGCCACAUUUUUUCUAUCAAUUAAGUAGGAGUGUUUCAGUCGUAUUGGCUUUAUUACUAGCCACAUGUGGACUGUACUGUACAUUGUGGUUUAUGGUGCACACCUUUUACAUUUUUGUAGCAAUGGUACGUAAAGCGGGCUUGGCCACUGCUGCCGUCUUGACUGAGCCUGUCAUGUGCGACUGUCGUAGCCGCAGCAUGUCGGGAGGAGGCGGCGAGAAUGCAACUUAGCGCUUAGGCAGAACCUCGGAGUUAGAUGCAUACAGUGGUUCUGUCCUCGAAUGUGUGGGUUUAAUAAAGGGGAAUACGUUUUUAGCAUUUACACUUGUAGACACCGGACGUCGCGUCUUAGGCAAAAUAUGAUACGAUGAGUAGGGCUAUUGUGCUGAAAUAUUUGUAUUGAAAGAAGGUGGCGUAGCAUACAAGAUUGGCAGUACUUUUAAAAUAAUGAUAUGACUUUUAUAUCGAUUUUAUCUCUCACGUCUGAGCAAUGUCAUGGUCGACCAGUUUCUGUGCGGACCCGCAGAACCGUUGACGACGACAUGCAAGCACAGUCGGCUUCAAAAGUUCUCGGGACGCUGGAUUUAAAGCUGUAUUUUCGCGAGGCCUGGGUACAUAGCCUCGAAAUCAACGUUGCAAUAAGUAGUAGUUUAUGUAACUCACACAGUGAUCCAUUAAAUAAGAAGUGCUUUAACAGAGCAGAAAUCUCACAUUUGUCAUAGCAUCCAUGUCCUGUAAACUUUUGUGGCCAACUGCACAUUGUUGUUGCUCAUUGUGAGCUCUGUGUGCUGCUGUCUGAACUUCUUUGUCUAUGUAAGUGGGCAGUUGUCGUCAACACGUCCUCUUUCUCGCGUAUUAGGAUUUGAUUCAGUGGGAGUUUAAAGCAGCAUUACAGUCCUUGAAACUGCUAAUGGGAACACGCAGGUGUUUUGUCAACAGUUCUGAGAACUGUACCGACAAUACAAUUACAAUGUGUUGUAAUACCGCGUCAGGUAUGCCAUGCUCAUAAUGCCAUGUAUGUCAAUAGAAAUGCAGCUUCUUUGAGUUUGUCUUGCACAGCGUUUUCAUACAUGAAGUCACAAACAAUGCCUUAAAGGCCGUAAUACUCCCUGUGCUAUGGUGAAGCCGGAAUCGGUUGUGAGCACGUUGUCGACACCGGCUUGAUGCGAAUGCUAGUCCUUUAGAACGAGAUGUAUUUACACUAAUAUGGAAUUCUCAAAAUGUGCAGAUAUUACAAUUUUCUUCUCUUCUUUUUGGUUGUGAGUGAGAAGGCUACCACUAACAAUAUUCAAUAGAGAGUUUUGGCUGCUCUGUAAACAUAUAUUACUAUUUACGGAAUAUGGGGACAUGUAGGUGCGAGCGGCAGCACCGGUGGUGCCAUCUGGUGACAUCGAGUUCACCAGAGUGUACAAAACUAUUAUUGCACUGUCGACAGCCAGAUGAGUCAAGUGACGAUGGAGUGAGCAGAAUGUUGCAUUCUAUCAUGUGUGUGUGUAUUGAACUCCUCGUAGCACAGCUUUCCGAGGUCAGGGUACACUCUCCAAGGCCAGCUGCAGAAAGCUGGACAUUUAUGAUAAUUCAGACAAAAGAUCUGUGGUCUCUAGUACAGUUUGAACAAGUGCAAGCCAACUGUGUCAUUGAUCUGGCUCCUGUUGGUUCGUUUUGAACACAAGUCAGUGCUGCUGUAUUUAUACAAGAUUGCCAUAAAUCACCAUUUUGGCCACUGUGCCGCGCAAAACUGUCUUGCACUGCAAUACAUAACACUGUAGCGAAAUGCUUUGUAACAACCAUCUACCAUGCAUCUAGGUUUCUGAAGUUUGCUCUGAGUUGCUUAAAGCAAGGCUGGGCUCUGCCUAUUCAGUGCCAGACUAUACUGCAAUGAGCAAUCACAGCCGUCUCGGUACAUUUCAAGUGUGGACAUAUCUGCUCUCUUGUUUCUGUGGCGCCGACUUUACGUGCACAAGUCCUUUCAAACCUUCGGCACUCUCUUGGCUUCUUGUGUUGUUCUUGUUUAUAGUGAUUUGUGAUCAGUGUGUCAUGCCCACAAUUGUCACUUCCUUGAGUUUCACUGAGAGCUCGCAAGAAGCACACAGUCUGUCGCAAAGGUCGUCACCAUCAUUGCUGAAGCACGCUGGGUCCUCUGUGCUUGUGCUACAGUCACCAACCUUAAUUGAUUGUGGCCUUUGAGGGACAGCAAAGGUGAAUACGUAGCAUAGCUACAUAUUUUUAGAUAGGCUACGCUACUGAGCAUGCCUCGUCAUUUGCCCAGUCGCCGAGAAACACUGCUCAAGAGAGCACAUCUUUUUUUCUCAGUUCAAGGUGCCUGACAGAAUGGAAGGAGGUGCAUCACCCAUGUCUUGGUACACUGUGCUAACAAUCUUGGGGGCCAUGCUUAGUCAGGCCCUCUAAACUGCGGUGCUUCCAAGGGUCGCACAGAGAGGGCGCCGCCACAUCUCCCACCAAUGGCACCGACAGAGCCAUGGCAUAAGCUUGUGUCACCGAAUUCUGUCGUAAGGUCCAAUGAAGUGUCGGAACUGCAAUAUCUUGCAUCCAGAGGUAAUGUGCUGGAUUUCCUGGACUACAGUCUGUUGACUGUACACAUAUAGAUGUUCAACUUUUAUGUGGAGCAGAUUAUGCCUCAUUUCCAUUUCCAAAACGGCUGUUUGUACUUACUGACUUCAUGCUCGGGUACUGUCACUGGUAGCCACUUACAUUUACGAGAAUAUCGUUCAGGAAUACACAAGCAUAGAGCUUCGCUAAUGGUGCCAGUGGCCGCUGUCACCGUCAGACAGUUGUGCUACUUUUAAGUUCUGCAAUGAAGAUCUGACCCUUGUAGACUAUGUACUAAGUGCGGAUAGUCCGAUAAACUUUUAUUGUAUUUAGCUGAGGUUGAAGCAUGCAGACUGCAGACUGUACGCUGGGUGUGUACUGCAGCCUUAAAAUUACUACAGCAAUUAACCUCCUAUAUUUACCUUAUUUAUCUGUGGACUUGUUCCGACAGAUCACUGCCUGGAUGAUUUACUUCACUGGGAGAUAACACCAUAUCUUUAAAAGUCAUGCCAGCAACGCUCUACUGCUCUUUCAUGGAAGUCCUGCUCUCGGCAAUGGAAGAAAAUUUGUUAAAUUUAGCUUCACUCAAGUUCUGUCUUUAGUUUCUUGUCAUCAAAAGUGUAGUCUCACUGAGAGCAAGUACUUGUGAGCACAAGCGUCAUCGCUCGGGAGCAGACAGCGCUUUGUUAACGAGAGCGGUGAAUUUAGAACUUUUGUCACAGACUGUCGCGAGAUUACAGUGCAUCCAUCAUCUCGUGCUGCGUCGAACCCUCGAGGAGGAGGCGAUGCUGUCAUGAGAAAUCACCUGCACAAGCCAAAUAAAGAUGUUGAAAACUGCAGAACUGUGCAAUGUUGUUGUGCACGAUGGUGGUCGGUGCAUUCUACGUUAAAUUGCACACACAAAUGCAAUUCCUUCAUCCACUGCAAUUGGUGUGAAAUGUAACCUUAGAGGCAACGCUGGCGCUAGUGCAUCGGAAUGAUUCACAGUGCACGGAUUUGUCUGUACUUUCGGCUUUCAACUACCUUCUGGUCCCUUAUCUUAAUCUAAUGCAUAAUUUGAAAUUUCUAUGGGAAUUAUUAGCUUUAUUUAGCUUAUAAUUUAUGCCACAGUACUGUUUCUCGAACAUCACAAGAAAGAACUAUUCAAAAUAUUGAAGACGAUUGCUUGUUACUGCUCAGAUGUAUAGAUCUAGCAAAACGCUUACUAAAAAGUGUUGAGACCUCGUAGACCCUUUUCACUGUGCUCCUGUGGGUGCCACCAUGUUUGACCAUGCGGUGAUGCAUCCAUUGCUUGUCUCAGCCGGCCUCCGUUGCUUCUGUUUACAAUGGCAGUGCGUGAUGCUAUUUCGUCAUUUGUCGCCGACAGUGAAUGUGUGAAUGGCAUGAAACACGGCCAACGCUUCAGAAGACACAUAAUUGUCGCAUUUUCGCCCUUCCGAGCUCAUUACGCCUCGUCCAAAUGGUGCGAGCAUUGCCGUAUGGUGCUGGGCUAGAAAUUGCUUCCCAUGAUACACUAGUACAUACUCUCAGCUGCUGUAUUAAAUAAAGAUUACUGUCAUUCGUUCAUUAAAAAAAAAUUAUAGCCAAUGGCUUGGAAGCCACUGGUCGUCAUGUUUUUGGUUCAGUGACUUUGUCCGUUGCAAUGCCAUUACAUUACUUAUUUUCUAUGUGA